AACAGUCUUUGAUGAAUGUACCUCCCCUUGCCCCUUGUGUACUUCUACCUCUUCUCUCUUUCACAGGGAAAUGUUCCUACCCGGGAGAGCAUCCAUAUGUAUUACCAGAACCAUAUGAUGAAACUUUCUAAGGAGUCUGGACUGGACUCAAUUGAUAAAAAUCCUGGGCAAGCUUCUGGUUUGCAAACAUCUGAAAGAAUGGAUAGUUUAGAUUCAGCAGCUUCUCGAGACAGUAUCUCCAGCUGCUACACUGAAGCAACCAUGCUGUUCUCAAGGCAGUCAACCCUUGAUGAUUUAGAUGGACCAGACACUGUUCCUAAAACAAGUGAGCGCGCUCGACCUAGGCUUCGUAAAAUGCAGAGCAUGGAUAUGUCCUCCUCAUCAGCUGACAGUGGCAGUAUAGUGUCAAGCGAGCCUACACAGGUCACGAUGCUCUAUUCUCGUCAGGGGACGACAGAAACCAUUGAGGAGGUAGAAGGAGAGCACGAAGAGGAAGGAGCUCAUUCUGCUUCAAGGCAGGAUGAAGAAGAGGUGGAAGAUUAUAGCCUGGGUUCAGAAGGAGCUGCAUAUACUCCUGACACCGAUGUGCCAUUGUACUCCACUGUGGACAGCAAUGCAGAGGCACCACCUUCCUAUAGCAAAGCUGUCAGCUUUGAACAUCUUCCUUUUGGCUCCCCAGAUGACUCAGCUGGAAAGAGUCUCAUGAUGGUGAGCCCAGAUGACAGUCGGACGGACAGACUUAAUGAUGCAAUUCUCCCUCCAUUGACGCAUGAGCUAACGGCUAGUGAGCUGCUUCUGAACAAGAUGUUUCAUGAUGAUGAACUAGAGGAAUCAGAGAAAUUCUAUGUUGGUCAGCCUCGAGUCUUGCUUCUUAUUUAUGCCUUGUACAAUACUCUGGUGGCCCGGUCAGAAAUGGUUUGCUAUUUUGUGAUCAUCCUUAACCACAUGAUCUCUGCCUCUAUGAUAACGCUGGUGCUGCCCAUCCUUAUCUUCCUUUGGGCCAUGCUGUCUGUUCCUCGACCAAGCAAACGUUUCUGGAUGACUGCCAUUGUCUACACUGAGGUAGCCAUUGUCAUCAAGUACUUCUUCCAGUUUGGCUUCUUUCCUUGGAAUAAAUAUGUGGAUUACACAAAAGAUAAACCUUAUCAUCCACCCAAUAUUAUUGGGAUAGAGAAGAAAGAGGGCUAUGUGCACUAUGAUCUUGUUCAGCUCCUUGCUUUAUUUUUCCACAGAUCCAUUUUAAAGUGCCAUGGACUGUGGGAUGAAGAUGAGAAAGGGGACAACUCCAGUAAUAAAGGAGAUACUGAUGAUGAGCUUUCUCUGCCAGGAGGCAGGAGAGACUCUUCUGGGUCUCUGAAGUCUGUCAAUCUUGCAGCAUCAGUGGAGUCCAUCCAUGUCCACUUCCCUGAGCAGCAGACAGCAAUCAGGAGAAAGAGCUCCAGCAGUGCUUCACAGCUUUCUCACAGAUCCAGCUUCUCCUCACACAGAUCUAAGAGAGGAAGUACCAGUACAAGAAACAGCAGUCAGAAAGGAAGCAGUGUGCUAAGCAUCAAGCAAAAAUCUAGGAAGGAACUUCUUAUGGAAAAGUUUCGAGAACAAAUGAUCAAAGCCAAGGCCUUUACAAUUAAAAAGACACUCCAGGUGUAUGUGCCCAUCAGACAAUUUUUCUACAAUCUUAUUCAUCCAGACUACAGUGCAGUGACUGAUGUAUAUGUGCUGAUGUUCCUGGCAGAUACAGUGGACUUCAUCAUCAUUGUCUUUGGAUUUUGGGCUUUUGGGAAACACUCUGCAGCAGCAGAUAUUACCUCUUCAUUAUCAGAGGACCAGGUUCCAGAGGCAUUUUUGGUGAUGGUGCUCAUUCAGUUUGGUACCAUGGUGGUAGACCGAGCGCUCUACCUCAAAAAGACUGUCAUGGGAAAGGUUAUCUUCCAGGUCAUCCUCGUUUUUGGGAUUCAUUUCUGGAUGUUCUUUAUCUUGCCUGGAGUGACAGAAAGGAAAUUUAGCCAGAACACUGUUGCCCAGCUCUGGUAUUUUGUGAAAUGUGUUUAUUUUGGCUUAUCAGCAUAUCAGAUACGCUGCGGAUAUCCAACUCGUGUUCUUGGCAACUUCCUCACAAAAAGUUAUAACUAUGUGAACCUGUUCUUAUUUCAAGGAUUCCGCCUGGUUCCAUUUUUGACUGAGCUGAGAGCCGUAAUGGACUGGGUUUGGACAGAUACCACUCUCAGUCUUUCCAGCUGGAUCUGUGUUGAAGAUAUCUAUGCUCAUAUAUUCAUCCUGAAGUGCUGGCGAGAGUCAGAAAAGAGAUAUCCCCAACCAAGAGGCCAGAAGAAAAAGAAAGUUGUGAAGUAUGGAAUGGGUGGCAUGAUUAUCGUCUUGCUGAUUUGUAUUGUCUGGUUCCCACUGCUCUUCAUGUCUUUAAUCAAAUCUGUUGCAGGCAUCACCAACAAGCCUCUAGAUGUAUCAAUCACAAUAACUCUAGGAGGUUAUCAGCCUAUUUUUACAAUGAGUGCUCAGCAGAGUCAGCUCGUGGAUUUGAAUCAGACUGGUUUCAGUGCAUUUCUGGGAAGCUAUAGGGGUAACACUGUAAGUGAAAUGUAGACUACUUCAUUAUUU